ACUCAGUAAGCUAAAUUUGGUCGGUCUUGCAGAAUCAAAGGAAGCAUCAGCUCAUGGCAGGUCAACGCUCCUCGUCUUCCUCCUUCACCUACGAUGUGUACCUCAGUUUCAGAGGCUCUGAUACUCGAUUUGGUUUCACUGGCAAUCUAUACAAAGCUCUCUCUGACAAGGGAAUCCAUACUUUCUUUGAUGAUGAGGAGCUCCAGAGAAUCUAUACUUUCUUUGAUGAUGAGGAAAUCACACCACCACUAUUCAAGGCAGUUGAACUCUCCAAGAUUGCCAUCAUUGUUCUCUCUCAGAACUAUGCAUUUUCAUCAUUCUGCUUAGAUGAACUUUCCAAGAUCAUUGAUUGCAAGAAGGAAAUGGGUCAGUUGGUCAUACCUGUUUUUUAUCAAGUAGACCCUUCUGAUGUUCGAGAGCUAAAAGGGGCUUAUGGAGAAGCAAUGGCUACCCAUGAGAAGAGGUUCAAGGAUAACGAGGAUAACAAGGAAAGGUUGAUCAAAUGGAAGAUCGCUUUGAAUGAAGUGGCUAACUUGUCUGGUUGGCAUUUCAAGCAUGGGGAUGGAUAUGAAUACCAGACUAUAGAGAAGAUUGUUAAACAGGUCCAUAGAAAGAUUUCCCCUCGUUCUUUACAUGUUCCGGUUUACACAGUUGGUCUGGAAUCUCGGUUGCAAGAAGUUUACUCGCUUCUGGAUGUUGGAUCCGAUCAUAGAGUCCUCAUGGUAGGGAUCUGGGGUAUUGGCGGAAUAGGCAAGUCAACACUUGCUGAAGCAAUUCAUAAUUUGAUUUCUAGACACUUUGAAGGCUGUUGCUUUCUUGAUAAUAUAAGAGAAAACUCAAGUGGACGUGGGUUAGUAAAUCUCCAAGAGAAGCUCCUUUUUGACAUACUUGGAGAGAACUUUCGUUUGGGAAAUGUCUCUAGAGGAGCUAAAACAAUAGAGUCUAUGCUCUGCCGAAAGAAAGUUCUUUUGUUUCUAGAUGAUGUGGACAGAUUAGAGCAAUUGGAGGCCUUGGUUGGAAGACCUGACUGGUUUGGUCCUGGUAGCAGAGUUGUCAUUACAACUAGGAAUAAACAUUUGCUAGCAAUUCGUGGGGUUGAAAAAAUAUACAAGGUAGAAGAAUUAAGUAACAAAGAUGCUCUUGAGUUGCUUAGGAGGCAAGCUUUUAGAGAUGGCAAGGCUGAUCCAAGUCACACAGAAGUUUUAAACCAAGUAGUAACUUAUGCUUAUGGUCUUCCAUUGGCUUUAAAAGUAAUGGGUUCCUAUUUGUUUGGAAGAUGUGUGGAGGAAUGGAAAUCUGCAUUAGAGAAGUUAAAAUGGAUUCCUGAUGGAAAAAUUCUUGAAAUAUUAAAAGUAAGCUUCGAUGAUUUGGAUGAAGAAGACAAAAGUGUUUUUCUUGACAUUGCUUGUUCCUUCAAAGGAUAUGAAUUGGCAGAGGUUGAGAAUAUACUUUGUGCUCAUUAUGAUUACCAGAUGAAUCUUACUAUUGAAGUGUUUGUUGACAAACCUCUCAUAAGUAUUACUGCAGAUGGUAAGGUGAGACUACAUCCCUUGAUAGAACAAAUGGUAAGGGAUGAAGAUGAACGUGAGUUUAUUGAAAGGAUGGUCGAAGUGGUCUCUAGCAAGAUUAUUCAUCUUCCUUUACAUGUUGCCGAUUACCCAGUUGGGUUGGAGUCUCGAGUGCUUGAAGUAAUAUCACUCCUAGAUGUUGGAUCUGAUGAUGGAGUGCACAUGGUAGGGAUUUAUGGCAUUGGUGGAAUAGGAAAAACAACACUUGCUCGAGCAGUUUAUAAUUCUAUUGCUGAACAAUUUGGUGGUUUAUGUUUUCUUGAAAACGUGAAAUAUGUUUCAAGUGAACAUGGGUUGAUACAUCUCCAACAAAAGCUCAUUUUCGACAUACUUGGAGAAGGUGUCCAUAUAAGAAGUGUCAAUGAAGGAAUUUCAGUAAUAAAGCAUAGGCUCCACCAAAAGAAGAUUCUUUUGAUUCUUGAUGAUGUGGACAAAUUUGAGCAGUUGGAGUCAAUGAUUGGGGGAUCUGAUUGGUUUGGUUUUGGCAGCAAAGUUAUCAUCACAACUCGAGACAAACAUUUGUUGGCAACACGUGGAGUUGAAAGGACAUACGAGGUUAAGAAGUUAAAUGAGAAAGAUGCUCUUGAAUUUCUUAGCUGGAAUGCUUUUAAAACUGACAAAUUUGGUCCAAGUUAUAGAAAUAUUUUAAACCUUGCAAUAAAUUUUGCUUUUGGAAUUCCAUUGGUUUUGGAAGUAAUUGGUUCCAACUUUUUUGGAUUGAGUAUAGAAGAAUGGGAAGCUGAAUUCAAUCAACAUGCAAUAACUCUAGAUAAAGAGAUACAAGAUAUGGCUCAAGAGGAAUCAUCAAGGCAUCCUGGCAACCUCAGUAGGGUAUGGUUCGGCAAUGAAUGGACUUACGAUAUUUUCCUUAGCUUUAGUGGUCUAGAUACCCGGACUGGUUUCAUUGGCUAUCUCUAUAAUGCUCUGGUUGAAAAGGGGAUUUGCUCAUUCAUUGGUGAUAUGGAGCUUCAGAGAGGGGAGAAAAUAACACUAGGAACUCGCAAGGAAAUUGAAGAGUCUCGGAUUGCCAUUAUUGUGCUUUCGAAAUGCUAUGUAUCUUCUUCAUACUGCCUAGAUGAACUUGCCAAUAUCAUUGAGUGCAUUCAAGGGAAGGGUCAGUUGGUUUUACCUAUUUUUUAUGAUGUGGAUCCUUCUGAUAUACUACAUGAGAGAGGUAGUUGUGGAGAAGCAUUGUUUAAUCAUGAGAAGAAGUUCAAGGAUAACCAGGUGAAAGUGAUCAAAUGGAGGACGGCAUUGCUUCAAACAGCUAACUUGUCUGGUUGGCAUAUCAAACAUGGGGGUGGAUAUGAAUAUGAGUUUAUUGAGAGGAUUGUUGAAGAAAUCUCAAGAAAAAUUAAUCGUGUUCCUUUGCAUGUUGCUGAUUACCCAAUUGGAUUGAGGUCUCAAGUGCUGGAAGUAAAGUCAAUUCUGGAUGUUGGGUUUGAUGAUGGAGUCCUCAUGGUAGGUAUCCAUGGCAUUUGUGGGAUAGGUAAAACAGCAAUUGCUCGAGCAGUUUAUAAUUUGAUUGCCGACCAUUUUGAAAGCUUGUGUUUUAUAGAAAAUGUGAAAAAAAAUUCAAAUAAACAUGGGUUAGUACAUCUUCAGGAGAUCUUUCUAUCUAAAGUAGUUGGGGAGAAGAAAAUUAAGUUAGUAAGUGUCAAACAAGGAAUUUCAAUAAUAAAGCAUAGGCUUCAGCGAAAAAAAGUUCUUUUGAUUCUUGAUGAUGUUGACAAACUAGAGCAAGUGGAGGUCACUGCUGGAGGAUCUGAUUGGUUUGGUGCUGGCAGCAGAAUUAUCAUUACAACUCGGGACAAAGAGUUGCUAGCAACUCACGGGAUAAAAAGGAUAUAUGAGGUAAAGAAGUUAAACAGGAAAGAAGCUUUUCAAUUGCUUAGUUGGAAAGGUUUUAGAACUAACAACGUCGCUCCAAGUUAUAGGGAGAUUGCAGACAGUGCAGUAACUCAUGCUUCUGGCCUUCCAUUUGCUUUAGAACUAAUGGGUUCAAACUUGUUUGGAAGAAGUAUAGAAGAAUGCGAAUCUUCAUUCACUGGAUAUGAAUUAAUGCUUGCUAAAGGAAUCCCAGACAUACUUAGAGUUAGCUUUGAUGGUUUGGAUGAAGUAGAGAAGAAUAUUUUUCUUGACAUUGCUUGUUUCUUCGAAGGAUAUGAAUUGGCAGUGGUUGAAAAUAUACUUUGUGCUCAUUAUGGUGUCGACAUGAAAUAUGGUAUUAGGGUGUUAGCUGAAAAAACUCUCAUAAAAAUCAAUCAGUAUGGUGAGGUGACUUUGCCUGAUUUGAUGCAAGACAUGGGUAGAGAAAUUGUUCGCCAGGAAUCUCCGGAAGAGCCUGGCCAACGCAGCAGGUUAUGGUUCUAUGAGGAUAUUGUUCAUGUUUUAGAAGAAAAUACGGGAACUAGUCAAACUCAAAUCAUAAUUCUGGAAUUCCCCUUAUUUAAAGAAGAAGUAGUAGAAUGGGAUGGAGAGGCCUUCAAGAAGAUGCAAGACCUCAAAACGCUAAUUAUUAGAAAUGGUUGUUUUUCCAAAGGUCCAAAUCAUCUUCCAAAUAGUUUAAGAGUGCUGGAAUGGGAGGGAUAUCCUUCACAAUCUUUACCAUCUGAUUUUCAUCCGGAGAAACUUGCGAUAUUCAAGCUAGCUAGUAUCUUCUUCAUGUCACUCGAGUUGCUCAACUUACAUAAGAAGUUCAUGAAUUUGAGAGUUUUGGGUAUUGAUGAGUGUGAAUCUAUAACACAAAUACCUGAUUUUUCUGGUCUCCCAAAUUUAGAAAAACUAUCAUUUGUAUAUUGUGAGAAUUUAAUCAAAAUCCACGAGUCAGUUGGAUUCUUGAAUAAACUUAGAAUCUUGGAUAUUGAGGGUUGUUGCAAGAUCAGGACUUUUCCACCCAUGAAGUUGGCCUCUCUUGAAGAACUGUAUCUUUCACAUUGCUCAAGCCUUGAGAGUUUUCCAGAAAUAUUAGCAAAGAUGGAAAACAUAACACUUAUUGGUGUGCACCACACUCCCAUAAAGGAACUGCCAUCUUCGAUUGGAAAUCUCACUCGGCUUCGAAGGUUAGAACUGCAUGGCUGUGGAAUGCUUCAGUUACCAAGUGGCAUUGCAAUGUUGCCAGAACUUGAGGAGCUGAGUGUUUGGCAAUGCGAAGGGUUGCAACCAUUUAAUCAGGACGGAUGUGAAGAGAAAAUGAGCUCAACCCUGAAACAACUUGAUUUUUUGGCUUGCAAUAUAUCAGAUGAAGUCCUUCGAACAGCUCUUGCUUGGUUUACGAAUGUGAGAGAGUUAGACCUGUCAUUGAAUAUUUUCACAACUCUGCCUGCAUGCUUCAAAGAAUGUUUCUUUUUGAGGAAACUCACCGUGGAUUAUUGUAAGCAUCUUCAAGAGAUUAGAGGGAUUCCACCCAACUUAGAAACAUUCUCCGCAAAAUGGUGCACAUCCUUGAAUUAUAUAGACCUCACAGUUCAUCUUGCAGGCAUCAAAAGAAGUAGCUUUGUGAGGGAACUUAUUGUGAAUGAUUGUGAAAAUCUUCGAGAAAUCAUAGGGAUUUCUCCAUACAUAGAACUUUUGUCUGCAACAUAUUGCACAUCCUUGAUUUCAUUGUGUUCAAGCAUGUUACUGAAUCAGGAAUUGCAUGAGGCUGGAAACAAGAGAUUUUGUUUGCCUGGAACAAGGAUUCCAAGGUGGUUUGAGCAUUGUACGAGGGGACCAUCAAUUUCUUUCUGGUUUCGUAAUGAAUUCCCUGCAUCCUUAUCCCUCUGUCUUGUUGGACUUGUGCAUGUGCACCCUGUCAGGUUCAGACCCAUGAUGAUCAUCAAUGGCAAUAAAAUGAGGACAGAGUUCCUAACUGAAAAAUGGUUUAAUUUUGAGUUCCUAGUAGGAACUGAUCAUAUGCUUAUUUUUGGUGAAAAACAGAUAAAAUUCAAAGAUAAUUUGGUUGAAGUACUUUUAGAAAAUGAAUGGAAUCAUGUGGUGGUUUCAAUUGAUAUUGAUCUUACAUUGAACCCAACAGUAUUAUCUGUUAUCCAAACUGGACUCCACAUUUUCAAACAAAGUAGCAUGGAGGAUAUCCGAUCAACCAUUUCUGAAAGUAAAGCAUGGUGGGGGAGUUUCCCAGAGACAGUUCAUACAAAAACAAAAUAAGUUGUCUUCAUUGGAAACAUCUCUAGGUGUGUUAAAGUCAUGCAGUAGCACCACCAGUGUCCAAGGUUUACAAGAGCAAGAACAUUUAACUUCAAUCAUCCAAGGAAAAUUUGAAGGGGAUGAAAAAGAAAAAGAAUCCAAAGGAAAGCAAAUGGUAGAGUUCAACGACAGCAAUUAUGAGGAUAGUGGCAAGGGUCCAUUAAUGGAGCUGCUAUCAAUCCCUAGUGUCUCAACAAAGGAAUAUCAGGUGAGAAGUGAGAAAUGCCAGCCUGCCUCAACUGACAAGACCAUGGCUUGGGAUCCAAUGGAAUUGGAAUAUCAAGUGACACAUACAGAAGAUCAAUCUAUUUCAAUUGAUGAAAGCAGUCAUGUGAUGGGAUUUGAAUCUAAUGAAAGAAGUUCCUGGUGGCAAUUCUGCUUCUGUGCUUUAAUCAACUCAGCUGUGUCCCUCUGUUCUUCCUCGUCUUCCCUGGCUGCUUCAUGAUUUUUUACCCGUGAGAUAGACCGGUUGAUCAGGGAGGCACAUUUGAUUAACUACAUUAGGAGGAAUCGUGCACCUCAAGCCCCUGCACCACCGGCGGCGCUAGCGGUGGAAGAGCAGGUUGUGUCAGAUGAGUUGGGGCAAGCAUCUGGCCAGUGUGUUUCUAUAGCCGAGGGCUUCGGGGGAGGAAGCCUCAGCAACAAGGCUAGGAACAUGUAAAGUCACACGAGGAUGAUCCAAUUGUUGUGACAAUUACGACACUGGGAGAAUAAGAGUUAGGGCAACUGAUGGUGGUCCCUCACGACGUCCUCCACCGACCAAAUCCGCUCUUAUAGAGUGUGCAGCUGCUACUAUUCAGGAGCAACAACCACCUGACACCAGUACCACCAGAGCAACAACCAUUGGAGCAAGCAGUGCGUGCAAGUAAAGGGAAAUUGGGUUAGCUUAUUUUGAGCUCAACGCCUCACAUGCCAUUGUCAGCGGUGUUGAGCUGGGUAGCUUUCUUCUCAUGGCUUCCUCCUCUUCCUUCAGCCACGUACUCACCUUCAAUGUGUUCCUCAACUUCAGAGGAUCUGAUACAUGCCAUGGUUUCAUCAGCUUUCUCUGCAAAUCUCUUCUUGACAAGGGAAUCUACACCUUCAUCAACGACGAGGAGCUUCAGAGAGAGAUGAAAUCACACCAUCACUCGUCAAAGCCAUUGAACGGACCAGAAUCGCCAUCCCCGAAUUAUAUCAAGACAUGCUUAGCCAGAUUGUUACAAAAACUUGCCAAUCAAGUUGGACAAUUUGCCGUUAGGUGGAACCUGAAGGAAGGAAGAGAGUAAAAUCAAAUUAGAUGAGCAUAACAUAGUCGAUGGAGAUUUUUUCUACACGUAGUUUUAAAAGUUACUUACCAGUUACCAACCUCAGUACCUUCAUUUUUAUUUAUUGUAAGUCUCCACUGAGCUUGGCCAUUUAUGUGUGAGAAGUGAGAACAUUCUAAAAUUUGACACUCUUUUUUUAAUGUUAUCUUUUAAUUGGUUAAAAUUAAUGUUUUUAAAAUCAAA